GCCGGCCUGCGUUGAGGUUGAGGUUGAGGUUGCGAUACACGAGGGGAAUACAGAGGACGGAGAGAAGUGUAGUACUGCGCCAUGUAGGACGAAAGGUCGCUACGUGCCGCUCUGGGACUUUGACGCACCGAUGGAGCAGGAGGGCGAGACGUUAAAGCCGCCAGGUCCGCGACUCGUCGGCGGGUGUGAUCGUCGCGGACGGCAUGCUCCUCCUCUCGCAGGCGUUGCGUCGACGGGAUCGGCAAGGGCUUUCGGAGCGGUUUCUGGAGGCUGCGGUUCGGAUCCUUCGGGAUACUAUCGAUUUUUGUGGCGGUGCUGCUGACGGCGGCGACGCCCCUUUGCUGACUGAAGAUAUGCUGCCCGGAAGGACGUUUGAUGGCAUCCUUAAGAAUGGUACUGCGAAUCGAACAAUAAUGAGUACGCGCGGAGGCGACUGUAUGAACCACGGGCUGAUAUACGGCGAUUGUUAUUUUGUUGAGUGCGGGAGUCGUCUUAUGCAGAUGGGCCUGGUGUAGACUCGUAGAGUAUCUCCAGAGCAAAUAAGGGGACGGACGGCCCUUGGAUAGAAAAAAGUCUUGAGUAGAGUGCAAAGCUUACGUCGUGAAUAGCGCGUGAUAGAUGGAGUUUCUUAGAGGAGCGAUUAUGUCGAUUCAGUCGAUUGGUACCGAAAUUCAGCGCAUCUGCGAAUGCCAUCGUUAGUGUGGAG